UUACCCGGGCUGCUACUAUUCGUUUCAGAAAAAGCCAGUCGUCAAAAUCCGACCCGGUUAGACGGGUCUGCAAAGCUUAAAACCCUAGGACCCGACAUCAACCAAAAUCAGAGAGUGCGGGUAAGUAUUCGACCCAAAAAAGGGAUGUCAGUGUCUGAGGAAAAUGCCAACAUACGGGACCACCACCGCCGCUUGCUGGCGGCGAAAUACGAGCUGAGACGGAACCUGUACAAGGCCCUCUGCAAGGACCCAAGCCUUCCCAGCGAUCUGCGCGAGGAGAACCGCUUCAAGCUCUCCAAGCUGCCCCGGAACAGCUCCUUCACGCGCGUUAGGAACCGCUGCAUCUUCUCUGGCCGCGCACGCGCCGUCUACGAGACCUUCCGUAUGUCCCGUAUCGUUUUCCGUUCUCUUGCCUCCAAAGGCAUGCUCAAUGGCGUGAAGAAAGCGUCUUGGUAGCCUCCCAAAACGGUGCGCCUCCAAGCUCUUCGUUUCCAUUGUUUUCUCUUUUUUUUGUUCGCAAUUUCUUCGCUUUCAGAAAUGGGUUUCGUCAUGAAAUCGAAAUUGUGCGUAUUCCGUCAUUCAGGUCUGUUAAUUUUUAUGUUUUUGCAAUUUUUUUGAAUAUUUAUGUGUCAUUUCUUUGUUACCGAAAUGGGUUUCUUACGGAAUUGGAACGUUA